CACAAAGCCAACGCACGUGAUUGGUCCGAAGAUUAGUUGGCGUGGUUUCUUUCCCAACUUCGUCACCCGCUUCCUAAACAGAGAAGCUGAGUUGUCGUUUCAUAAUGCCACCAAAUAUUUAAAAAAAAAGAAACAAAUCCAGUUUUCCCAAGAAAAGACUAGAAAUUCCUUUUCAGUUCUUCUCACCGGAAAAAAAAAAAGGAAAAAGAAAAAGAAAAAAACCCCAAUCACUAAUUGUACCUAUGUCAAAUCCAGAAGACUCUCCAACAAAGCAAAAAAACGGGGCGCCGCCGCCGUCCGUGCCCCCGACGGUCAAUGUCGGAAGGCAAUCGCCGCCGCCAUCUGCCAAUCCGACUCCCGAUGUCGAAAUGCAAACGCCGGCAGCGACCAGUUCCGGGGUGUCGGAGAUCCUGAACCGGUGGGGGAGGGAAGAUCUGUUAAAACGCCGCGUAUUGGCUCUGAGAGGAUUUGGUCUCGUCUUUUCGUUGCUUGCUUUCCUUAUCAUGGCUUGCAAUAGACAUGGCGAUUGGAAAAACUUCGACAACUACGAAGAAUUCAGAUACGUGUUGGCAAUAGCAAUUCUGUCCACUUUUUAUACGGGCGCCCAAGUUUUUCGACAAAUUCAUGAAGUUUCGACUGCGAGAUCCAUGUUUCCACCUCGAAAAUCUGCCAUAAUCGACUUCAUUGGAGAUCAGAUUCUGGCUUAUCUGCUAAUAUCGGCGUCAUCUUCAGCGAUUCCGAUGAUCAACAGAAUGAGAGAAGGCUCAGACAACAUAUUUACAGACUCGUUGGCAGCUUCCAUUACCAUGUCCCUUUUCGCCUUCUUGUCUUUAGCUUUGUCGGCCGCCAUUACAGGAUACAAACUCUCAACUCAAUCUUAUAUAUAAUAUAACUCCAAAAUGCGUACCAAUUUCAUAUUCUUCCUGUUGCCAUGAUUGUUGCUUCAACUUGUACACGCACGUCUGUAAUUUUGAUUGAAUCAUUCUUAGCAAUAAUUAAGACCGUAAGAAUCAAAUUGAAACUAA